AUUUGAAUAUGUCCUACAAAUAAUACCCAAUCCUCUUUCUCUCUCUACCUCCACCCUCCCUCCCCCCUCCCUCCCUUCACUUUCCUCCGUUCCCCUCCCCUCACCUACCAAAGUAAACGGAACAAGCACGCGCAGCCAUGAGCAAACGCGCCAUCCGAACCGACAACGCCCCGGCCCCCAAGCCUUUCUUCUCCCAGGCCAUCGUGCACGAGAAGACGGUCUAUACCUCGGGAGCCGUGGGUAUGGACCCCGCGACGGGCCGGCUGGUCGAAGGGACUACCGGAGACCGCACGGUCCAAUGCCUGAAGAAUCUCUCGAACAUCCUCGAGGCGGCGGGGAGCUGCUUGGAUAAUAUCAUUAAAGCCACGAUCUUUAUCGAUGAUAUGAGUAACUAUGGGACCAUGAAUGAGGCCUACUUGAGUGUGUUCAGCAAUGGCUCGCCGCCGGCAAGAACUUGUGUGGCCGUGAAGCAGCUGCCGCUGGGGACGGAUGUGGAGAUUGAGGUUGUGGCUCAUCUUUGAACGGGGCAGUUGGAUGUUGUAGUGGGAAGUAAUGUGGGGGUUUGUUGUAAGAUCUUAUAGAAGUAUUCUUUGGGUAAGGCUCAGAUGUACUGUGCUUUGGUACUACCUGCUCAUGGAUGGAUGGUUGACCACUGCGAAAAAGGCUGGCAUACAAUGCGUCCACCUUUAUUGCUAAUAAAUAUGGAAG